UGGGGUAUUCCUCCUCCUCAAACUGCGAUUGUUCCCGACGCGAGCACAAGCUCGGUUUGAGUUGGACUGCGUAAAGCACUAGAUCGGUUCGAAACAUCGCUGAUGGUAGAUUUGUUCAGUUUAAUGUCGUCUCGAGAAGUAAAAGCACAGAUAAGAUUCAGAAUCUGAUCUGAUCUGAUCUGAUCAUCGUGACAUCGGGCAUCUGGAGAGCAGAGAUCCACGAGAGAGGGGUGUAAGAUUAAAGGCAGUGUGCAUAAAGACAUUGGUGAACUUGAGAGAGACUGACUCAGGGAGAUAAAGGGAAGAGGAGGUGGAGGAGGAGGCAGUGAAAGCACCAUUGGGGAAGUCUGAAGCCUCAUGUCAGUUUCUGCUGUGCAAAUCAGAAGAAGAGUUUAGGAGAGCGAAGCUGCGUGUCACAUGGGUUCAGCACUGAUUUAGCUCUUAAAGACCACCAGACCACCAAUCAGCAGAGCUGUUUGCAAGAGAAAGAAGAGUCCUUCCAUGCAGUCGUGGCUGGGAUAAAAUGGAUGACAGGAAUGACGGAGUGCGGGUUGGAGAAAACAAAUUCAUCAGCAAGAGAAGCAUUCUCUCUCAUUUAAAGACCUACAAUCUCUACUAUGAAGGAAAGAACCUGCAGCUACGCCACAGAGAGGAAGAGGAGGAGCUGAUCAUUGAAGGACUUCUCAAUAUCUCAUGGGGCUUACGUCGACCAAUCAGGCUUCAGAUGCAGGAUGACCACGAGCGAAUCAGACCUCCUCCCUCCUCUACCUCCUGGCACUCAGGGUGUAACCUUGACAACCAGAGUCAGGAGGGCCAGAAUCAGACUCCUCAAACUCCACCUCAGAUGGAAGUGACGCCCCCAGAGGACCACUCGAGCAAUGGCACAGCACAAGCCCACGAAGAAGAAGAAGAAGAGGCGUGUGACGUCUCCGCUCAGCUUCUGAGAACCAAAAGUGAUGCUGGUGUCCUGAGACGGGGCAGGAGACGGUCUCCCAGCGACCAGCGGCGAAUCAGAAGGCACAGGUUUUCCAUCAACGGUCACUUCUACAACCACAAGACGGCUGUGUUCACUCCUGCGUAUGGUUCUGUGACUAACGUCCGGAUCAACAGCUGCAUGACCACGCCACAGGUGCUGCGGGUGUUACUGAAUAAGUUUAAGAUCGAGAACAGCCCAGAUGAGUUCGCCCUCUACCUCGUCCAUGCCAGCGGAGAGCGCGUGCAGCUGAAGCGUAUGGACUACCCGUUAGUAGUGAGAAUACUUCAGGGACCAUGUGAGCACGUCUGCAAGAUCUUUCUCAUGGAGCAGGAUCUGGGAGAGGAGAUUCCCUAUGAAGUGGCGCAAUACAUCAAAUUUGAGAUGCCUGUCCUGCAGAGUUUUAUUACCAAACUGAAGGAAGAGGAGGACAGGGAGGUGCAGAAGCUGAGAAGCAGAUACAAGUAUCUGCGGUGUAUCAUUGAGAAGCAGCUCCAGUGUUUUCCAGAAGGCUCCACCUGUGUGUGACGAGCACAUUCCCCUCUUCAUAUCAAUCAGUGGACUUCCAGACACAGUUUCAUCAGUCACAUCUGUCCUGAAUGAUUGUUAACCUCUAAUAUGACCAGUGAAGAUGGAUGGUACAUCCUGUUAUAUAAACAAUCUUUGUGUAUUUUUCUCUGGUGCUGUAGGAAUCACAUGCAGGUACAAUAAUAUAAAAGCACAUUCUACUAAACCAGGGAAUCUCGUCAUCCAGUGAUCACUGGAAAAAGCAAUUGACAAUGACAAGCAAAAAAAAAAUAAAAAAAAGAGCAAUGACAAGCACAAAGUAACAAAGUAAAUGCUUACAACUUAAGUUUAUUUGUUUGGUUUAACCCAUGAAAAAGGGUUACGACUGACUGAUCACUUUACUUGUUGGAUGUAUUGAGAAUAUAUGCUGUCUGAGCCAACCUGUUGUACCAUUACAGUCUGAUUAUAACUCCAUUAGACCAACGUCUCUUUUAGACAGUGAUUAAAUCUCUGUACCAGAAUGGUGGGAAGCGAAGUCAAAGACUGAAUUUCAAAAGUUGUUUGAAAGCAGAGUGAAGCAGCUCAAGAGAUUGUAGUCUCUGAAUAUCUGAAUGUUGAGUGAGUGAGUGAGUGAGUGAGUGUGUGUGUGUGUGUGUGUGUGUGUGUGUGUGUGUGUGUGUGACUGUGUGUGACUGUGUGUGUGUGUGUGUGUGACUGUGUGAGUGAUACUAGUACGCAUGUUUGGGCACCUGAAGAGGAAGGACAGCAUGGCUGUAGUCGAGAAGAGCUUCAUAUUUUUCUUUUACGUUUAGACUCUCAUUCACACCUAUGACUGGCCUCUGUGUUGUCAUACUUCUGAUGUUUCAUCUGGCAUGUGUUUAUACUGAUUGUAAAACUUUGAAUAUGGUGAUAAUUAUAUUUAAAUAAAAUGUCAUCAUCAAAAA